CCACAAAAAACGGGCUGGCAUGUCCGGCUUGUGCCCGUUUUGUGCGAAUGACAAAACGUUGAUUUCGUUCACUUGCAUGCUGAAAACGCAGAACAUUUUUAACGAUGGGGCGAAGUAAAUUCGUCGCCUCCACGCCAAAAAAGGUGAUGCAGCACGGGGAGUUUAUAAAUCGCAUACGUAAAACACUCUACUAUGGUGGCGUGGACACCACAGAGGCGGACAUGGAAGUUUCCAUGCCGUUUGCUGAGUAUGCAGCUGAUUUAUUCUCGGAGCCACAUCGGGGUCAUUCAUUGCAUCGUUUGAGUUCGAUUGCUGCUGGCAAAACUCAUGCCACACCAUGCUCUCUAAUAAUGGCUUUAAUUUACUUGGAUCGCCUGAAUAUCAUUGAUCCGGGAUAUGGCUGUAGAAUCACGCCACAGGAACUGUUUGUUGUGUCAUUGAUGAUUUCAACCAAAUUCUAUGCCGGCCACGAUGAACGUUUCUAUUUGGAAGACUGGGCAAAAGAGGGCAACAUGAGUGAGGACAAGCUUAAGGAAAUGGAAAUUGAGUUUUUGACAGCCAUUGACUGGAACAUAUACAUAUCGAAUGAACAAUUCUUUGAUAAGCUGAGCAGUGUGGAACGCACGCUGGCACAACGAGAGGGGCUGAGACGAGGCUGGUUAACCUACAGUGAAUUAAUGCAGUUGCUGCCCAACUUUACGUUGAUGAGCUUUUUACUUAAUAAUUUCGCAGUGCUGGCGUUAAGCUAUGCGGCCAGCGUGUUUACGAUCGCGGGCGCCUUUUUCAUUGCUAGCCAAGUGCCGGGCACGCUGUGGCAUCGUCAAACCGACACGAGUCCAGCAGCAACGGUCAACACAACGCUUACGACCCCAAUUGCCACGCCCGUUGCUACACAAGCUGCGCCUGUUCUUGGUGGCGAGAAUUCGAUUCGGGUUGCUGCGCCCAAUGAAAGCUGCAAUGCAUUGAAUGUGGAGUUGGAACUCUUGAAGCUGGAGCAACAAUAUUGUGCCGAAGAAAGACUGAAUGAAUUGCAACGCAGACAGCGUUUGGAACAACCCCCUGCUAAUGCCCUUCUACCGACCAUCUCUCAUAUGGAAUUUGCGACCACUCCUCAGGAUAAUACGCAACACUGGCUCAACAUUAAAUCACAAUACAGCGAUGAUAAUGAGAAUCGAAAUGUUAUGAAUUUUGGCCACAACAAGCACAACAAUUGGAAUCAUGCCCAGAAUGCAUCCGUUUUUUGGCAACUGCUCAGCGAUGCAAUGUCGCAUCAAUCGUUUUUAGUACGCUGGCCAGAGCUGUGGCCAAAAUUCAUCUAAGACGUGAACUGCAAUUUUAAAAAUAAUAGUAUAAUCCGUUUAAUUUCACUAAUAACGAAGAUUCAUUUCAACUAUCAACUAAUGUUGACUACAGAUAAAUUAUAUUUUUUCAACAAGAAUUACACAAUAAACUUAUCUGCAACACGAAACCAAAUA